AUGACGAAGACUUGGCGAUCCACUGGCAUGGGCUCUCCACGAGAGGAGCAAAUGAAAAUGGAUGGAGUCGUAGGACUAACUCAAUGCGCAAUCGGCAAAUCCCAGAGCUUUACCUAUCGCUUCCAGAUUGAAGAUAGCCAGGCUGGCACCUUCUGCACGCCGACUCGUGAUGACUCACCCAGGUAUCAUGCACAUUCCGGAGUUCAGCGUGUCGAUGGCCUCUAUGGCGGCCUGGUGGUACACCGUCCUGCUGCGCAGAGCACAUCCGAGAUGUCGACCUAUCAGUACGAUCGGGAACUGCUACUUCUCGUCGGCGAUUGGUAUCAUCGGCAGGCGCACGAGGUCUUGGAUUACUACCUGGACUGGAAGAACUUUGGCAUUGAGCCCGCUCCGGACUCUCUUCUUAUCAAUGGAGAAGGCCAUUUCAACUGCUCGAUGGCUGUUCCGGCGCGACCGGUCCAAUGCGAACAGGUUUCGGUACCGCAGCUGAAAUUCAACGACGGGCGCUCUCGACUGAAGGUCGUCAAUACGGGAGCAUUGGCUGGAUUCACAUUAUCGAUGUCGGGGACUGAAAUGAAGCUGAUCCAAGUAGAUGGCGGGAAUACUGUGGCUGACACACCCCGUACUGAAUCCAUUGGCAUUCUCUAUCCAGGCGAGAGAAUGGACAUCAUCAUAGAGCGCGCUGGUAGCACUAGCACCCGAGAUAGAGAGUCGACGUUGACCGUCGCCCUAGAUCAAGAACAUUUGAAAUUCAAAAACUUUGCCCUCACUCCGAUUCAAUCGUUUCCCAUUUCGUGGUUACCAUCCACACAGAGUGCAUCACUAGCAAAUCGAACAGAAUCGAUACAUGUACAUGUUAUACCCUUCCUCAGUUUGGGAAACAUAACCGGCCCCGUCCUGAUGACGGCGGAUGAUAUCCCCCAGAAACAACCCACACAGACGUUUGUGUUGUACACCAAGAUCGAGAUCCUCGCCAAAUACAGAAAUAUCCCCAAGGGUUUCGUGAAUCGCACGUCCUGGGUGGUUGAAGACGCCAAGGCACCGCCACUCCUGGCGCUUGAUCGGAGUGAGUGGGAGAAACAACCGCAAAAGGAAAAGACGUAUGUGCCAUGGGCGACCCAGUCUGGGGAAGGGCAAUGGAUGGAUAUCGUUUUGAAUAACCUCGACGAUAGGGGGCAUCCAUUUCAUCUGCACGGCUACAACUUCUACGUCCUCUCCUCCCACCGCUCCCCCAGCGGUCGCUACGAGGCAUACAACCCCUUCAAUCCCACCGUGGCCGUCCCCGCCGGCGCGCCGCUGGACACGCUGCACCCGGUCCGAAAGGAUACUGUGUACGUGCCCCGGAUGGGCUACGUGGUGUUGCGCAUGCCCUUGAACAACGACGGGCUGUGGUUCCUGCACUGCCACACCAUCUGGCACCAAGCGGUUGGGAUGGGCAUCGCGUUGCAGGUUGGAGAGGCUGCUUCUGCUCCGUUGGCGGAGGCUAAGUCGAGAGCAAGCGCUCUUUGUAAUUCGGGUUAG